AUGCCUGACGGUAGUAAUCUCACAAAAUACGAAGAUACUACUCCGGGUGUCUCGGUUGCCUUCUCACCGAGUGGACUACUGGCAUCUGGAGGACAGGACUUCUGGGUCAAGAUCUGGAACCCUAAGGGCGGUGAUGCACCACUCAAAUUCCAAGCGCAUACUGACUCUAUAACCUCAAUUGCUUUCUUGUCUAAUGACGUGUUGUUGUCGGGCUCCGAGGAUGCUACCGGGAAGAUCUGGAAAAUAGGAGAUGCCGGGGAUCUAGCCUAUGCACCAAUCUAUGCUGGCGGGCCAUCACCAUUCUAUUCAGUCGCUUUCUCGGCUAGUGGCACGCUCGUGGCAGCAGGUGAUGGGGCCGGUGCCAAGGUCUGGAACACUGAAGGAGAUGGCGAAUAUCCGACACACGUCUAUGAGCAUGGCUUUAUUGUCAUGUCAGUCGCGUUCUCACCCAAGGGACUUCUCGCAACUGGUGGGAUGGACGGUAUAAUCAAGGUCUGGGACACUGGAUCAGACAGGAAGCAACCCGUCCGCACAUAUACGCGUGACACUCGGCGGGAUUACACGGAUGCCGUGAAUGAAGUGGCUUUUUCCCAUGAUGGCUCACUUUUGGCAUCCAUCGGCUUUGGCAGUGCAAUAGUCCUGAUCUGGGAGAUCGGAAAGGACACCGACAAGCCACGUUACACUUAUACCCACUGUACAGCCAACGUUCAAACCAGCUCAGUCGCAUUCUCAGCUGAUGGAGAGUUUGUGGCAUCAGGCGCAGAAGACAAAUUGAUCAAGAUCUGGAAGAUAGGACAAGACAACAAGAUGCCACAGUAUACACAUAGCUACGGAAAUCCUGUGUAUUCCGUUAUCUUCCCAGGCCAAACCGAACUGGUAGCCGCAGGAGGAGCAGAUGGAAGCCUUCGAGUCUGGAGGGUCGAAGAAGAUACCGAUCCUCUAUACGAACACAUGCACCAUCCGCAGAGUGAGCGUGGGAAUUGGAUUACGGUUGCCUCGUCAGAUGAUGGCACUUUUUUGGCAUCAGCAGCGUACAUUGAUGGGAGUGUUAAAAUUUGGAAGACAGAAGAGACUGGUAACGACCCACUCCGCAGAUAUGAUCCUGACGAUAGGGAUUCUAUUCAAUCGGUUGCCUUUUGCGGUAAUGGUGGCUAUGGGAGUUAUAUAGCGGCAGGUACCUAUAAUGGCGCAGUCAGAGUCUGGAAGAUUGUUGAACCGCUCAGCUCUGGAGACAUAGCUGCCAAUUAGGCAUAAUAGCGGUAGUUCCCUGGUGAUUUUGUGAAAUAUGGCUGAGGCACUCACCUACCUAGACAGGUUGAUUAAAUUUGAUAAGGGCUUAUA